CAGUAUGAAUCUGCAUUAAAGUUGACUUCAAAUCUUUUCCAUAGAUGCUCUAAUGUUAAUUUUGAGUUUGUAUUAUUUCAAAUUGAAACAGGUUUAUAUAGUGUAGACAUCUGUGGCAACAAGUCAAUUUAAUAAAUAAAAGUUGAAUCGUACAUUAAAAUGUCAAUCAGAUUAAAUACGGGUAGUUCACCAUCCGUUGAAUUAAGUUCCUACCGUGAUCAACAUUUUAAGGGCUCAAGAGCUGAACAAGACAGGCUCUUGAGAAAUUCUACAACUUUAUAUGUGGGCAAUUUGUCUUUCUAUACUACAGAAGAGCAGAUAUAUGAAUUAUUUUCAAAAUGUGGAGACAUCAGGCGUAUUAUUAUGGGUCUCGAUAAAUACAAGAAGACACCAUGUGGCUUCUGUUUUGUCGAAUAUUAUCAAAGAAUGGAUUCAGAGAGCUGUAUGAGAUAUAUCAAUGGUACUCGUUUGGAUGACAGAAUAAUUAGAACUGAUUGGGAUGCUGGCUUUAUAGAGGGUAGACAGUAUGGUCGUGGCAAGACUGGAGGACAAGUAAGAGAUGAGUAUCGAUCAGAUUUCGAUAGUGGACGAGGUGGUUAUGGUAAAAUAAUACAACAAAAAGUAACCUCCCUCUCUGAUGGUGGAUUUGGGCGGUAAAAUCCUGAAAUGUGUAACAAUAUAUGUGAACAUGAUGUUAUACACUGUUUAUAUGCAAAUAUUCAAUGUAUUUCAUUAAUUAUUUAUAUUUUAUGAUCACCCCUGAAUUUAUUGACUGUAUGUGUAAUUAUAUGUUUAAGUAAUAAUUUGUACUCUAAAUAGAAGUAGCAAAAAAAAUGAUCUAUAAUAAGUUGUUUUAUUAACAAUAGGUUAAUAAAAAAAUUUAUAUUAAAAAAUUACAAUAUAGCUUAAUAAGAUAAAUUUAUAUAUUAUGAGACUGUAUAAAGAUUACUUUUAUAAGAUAACUGUAUAAAGAUUUCAAAAUUAUAGGUAACUUAGUAAAUA